AUGAGAAGACUGUGUGGCAAACGAAUUUAUCUUCAUCGGUUUCAAAGAUCAGAGACCCCAUCAUCGUGUGAUGGGCGGGUCACGUUGUGGGCCAGUUCCAUUGGUGUUGAUACAUAUGGCAAUUGGUACGCAAAAGAGAUUUUUCUCUCCCAGCUAAGAUUUUCACUACCGAGUAACCAUGAUCUAUCAAUUGAGUUAGUUCAACGAAUCUUACCAUCUAUCUAUCUAUCUAUCUAUCUAUCUAUCUAUCUAUCUAUCUCAGAGCUUUCCUCUUCAUAUCUAUCUAUCUAUCUAUCUAUCUAUCUAUCUAUCUAUCUAUCUAUCCGUGUAAGAUCAAAUCUAUCUAUCUAUCUAAAAUAUCUAUCUAAUCUAUCUAGACUUUGGAGGAAAAUAUCUCGUUGUCCUAUCUAUCUAUCUAUCUAUCUAUCUAAUCUAUCUAUCUAUCUAUCUAACGAUUGCUUUUUUGUUUGGUCAUAUCUAUCUAUCUAUCUAUCUAUCUAUCUAUCUAUCUAUCUAUCUAUCUAUCUAACACCCUUUGUUUAUAUAUAUCUCAGUUUGGUCAUAUCUAUCUAUCUAUCUAUCUAUCUAUCUAUCUAUCUAUCUAACACUCUUUGUUUAUAUAUAUCUCAGUUUGGUCAUAUCUAUCUAUCUAUCUAUCUAUCUAUCUAUCUAUCUAUCUAUCUAUCUAUCUAUCUAUCUAUCUAUCUAUCUAUCUAUCACGAUUAG